GCAGCGAACGGGGGUGUGGGAUUUGUCCGAAACAGGAGGGAAAGUACUUUUCGGCGGAUGAUUUCCGACAUUAUCAUGGAGCGGGGGAAGGCCAACUGUCCAGAUAUUGUCGAAGGUACCGUAGCAGACUCACAAACGGGCACGCGAGACGGCUUUGUGCACAUUCCGAUGGAAGUCAACUGUUUCUGGACUCAAGUCUUUGCCCAGCAUUUCCUGACAGCGUCAGACGAGCACAGGGAUGAUAUGCUGUUCUUUGUGUACCGCCAAAGCUCAUCAAGCAGAGCUGAAAAGCAGAAGGAGAAGACGAGAAUGGAAGUCUUCCGUAAAGAUUCUAAGAACUUGCCGAGUCUUGGAGAUCCAAACAUAGACUGGGAGGAGUCAGUCUAUCUGAAUCUUAUCUUACAACAGUACGACUACAUCUUGACAUGCGCCGUCUGCACCAAGACGGACGACAGCCUGACUGUCCUCAAGAAGCAUUCCCAGCAGGUCUUCGCCUCACCCUCCAAGCGACGGAUGGACUCCAAAGGAGAGGAGAGUGCCGUCUCCUAUCCCAACAUCUUCUUCAUGAUUGACAACUUUGACGAGGUGUUUGGGGAUGUCACGGUCGACGAGGGGAAACUCAUUUGUGUGGAGGUUGUCGCAGCUGAGAAGGAGGGUCAGUACCGUAGCGUUAUCUUCCUGGGUUCGGUGAGGUACGAGUCGCUAAGACGAGUCUACGAUGCUAGGGCCAGCAUGACGUCCCGCGUGGCCGCUUCCAUGGGCUACUACGGGCGGGGCAAAGGUCGCGUGGAGUUCAUCCGGAUGAAAGGGCCGGAGGGCAAAGGCUACGCCGAGGUGGCCGUCAGCCGGCACCACCGGAUCGGUUCGGUGGACUACAGCAGCAGCGAGGACAUGAACUCUGGCAUGGAGAGCAAUGUGGAGUCGCCCACUGAGGAGAACAAACCCAUCACUCACCAGCCAAAGGCCGAUGCAGUCAACAAUAAUUACGUCAAGUCAAACCUGAAGAAGUCUCGUUCAGACAGCGAGACAUUAGGGCAGGUGGAGGACCCAGAGAGACGGGCGAGGGAUGAAGAACGAGCACUGUCAGAGGAUGAGCAAGGCAUCACAGAAGGUUGGAGGAAUCGAUGGAUACGGCGGACAUCCACGGCGUUGAAGCGAUUCAAGAGAAGUCAGGUGGCCAGCGCAAGGCCCCUCACGCUAAACGUCCACUUAACCUACGUCACACUACCCUGGUAUCGUAUCAUUGGGGAUGUUCUCGAAACACAGAAACAGCCAGUGCUGAGCUAGUACAUCCGAUUCUUCCCGUCCGUGUUACCAUGCCAACUCAGGACAGUAACUCUUCAGUGCUGCCCCACCCCUAAAAUGCCCUCUUUGAGCCCCACCCCUACAGAGCCGGUGAGGUCGUUUUGCUAUUUUUCUACGCCUUGAGAAACUGGGGAGGAGGGGUUGCUGACGUUUCCUUCUUUCUGUGUCUUAAGUGCCGUCCCGGACCUCUUUUUUUUUUUUUUUCAUCUGAAGAAAUGUUAAUGUAAUGGGAAGGCUUCAUUUGAGGAAAGGUUCUCUUCCAACUUGAGUUUAUCUCAAGAGAACAUCCACUUGCAUGACUUUGUGCAUAGACAAAACAUUUCUCUGUAGCUUUAAGGAAUGACUGGAUUGGAGAACAGUGCGGGAGUGAUUACAGGCCCGCAUUUUAAAACAGUCUUCUUGGACAAUAUUAAUCUAAGACAUUCGCAACACAAAAGGUCUGCCACCAAGGUCAAAAUUCCCACGUCACGAUCAAGACCAUCACUGGGGAGCGUAAACUUUGUGAAAGUGCGGUGAAGGUCUAGAUUUUAAAUGAGUUGGUUAAAUACUACUCAAAGCUCCCUCCAAAACCCAGAUGGAAUCCCUGACCAUAAUAUCACGAAUACUGCUGUCCAACCUGGGCUAAACUAUGUAAAUUCUUCAACUAUGGGUUCCCCUGACAUGUAGCCCCCCCACUUGUUUGGACUUGUAAAAUAUAUGUACCAGCAUUGUAAUACCAAAAAGUACAGUCAUUUGCAAAAGUUUAGGACCACCCAUACAAAAUGCAUUAAUCUAAAGGAAAAAACCAAACUGAAACCAAUCAAUCAUGGCAACUUCCGUGUAUGUGCGCAUUUGCAGUGUUCAACCUAGUAUCUUGGUUAACUAGCUACAUGCAUUUGACUACAUUUCCAUGGUUUGAAAUGAUAACAGCCUAAUAUUUAGUGCGCCCUCCUUUAUUUCGGAUUACUUAGACUGGCUUUUUUUUUUACCCAUGCUGCCUUGCAGACAAACUGUCAUACAAGACCUGCCU